AUACAUAUCUUGUUCAUUGUUUUUAGGGUUUGACGUCAUUUGAGUAAAAUGGGUUCAUGUUCGCCAGCAGUUUCUAGAAUUGUGGAGAAUUGGAGAGAGCAUCCUCCAUCUUCGUAUUCCCUCAAGAUUCAAAACUUCUCCCAACUUGAGAACUCCACUGCCUCCUCUGAUCAUAAAUACCAGUCUCGUCUUUUCUCCUCUGGUGGAUAUAACUGGAGAUUGAUCCUUUAUCCGAAAGGAAACGUAAAGGACAAUGGGAGUGGGUUUAUUUCGAUGUACGUUGAAUUAGACAGCACAAGCUUGAUGGAAUCCAUACCACAAACUCAAGUGUUUGCUGAACUUCGUUUCUUUGUAUACAACAAGAAAGAAAACAAGUAUUUUACUAUUCAAGAUGUAGAAGUAAAGCGGUUCAAUGCACUUAGAAUGGUGUGGGGAUUGAUCCAAGUUCUUCCAUAUGAUACAUUCAUUAACCCUGAAUUUGGAUACAUCUUUGAGGGAGGUGAAUGUGAGUUUGGUGUUGAUGUCCUUGUUGCUCCACCCCUUACUAAUUGGGAAAUCCUCUCUUUUGAUGAGAAACUCUCUCAUCCCAAGUUCUCUUGGACUGUUAAGAGUUUUUCUGACUUGAAAGAGGAUGUUUACACAUCAAAUAAAUUUUCCAUGGGAGGAAAGGAAUGGAUUCUAAAGCUGUAUCCAAAGGGUGACUCUCCAGCAAAUGGCAAAUAUUUAUCCCUUUAUCUGCAUUUAGCUGAUAGUGAAACACUAAAACCAGAUGAGAAGGUUUUCAAGCAAGGACAUGUGCGAGUUCUUAACCCGAUUGGAUCUAAUCACGUGGAAGGCCAAUAUAGCCGUUGGCACAAGGAACCAGGCAAGGGUUGGGGUUGGGAUCAGUUUAUGUCUUUAGCUGAUCUUCGGAAGACCUACUUGGACAAAGAAGAUGCGUUGAAUGUUGAGGUCGAAUUCAAAGUUGUUUCUGCUACCAAAUAUUCUCCCAUUUGAUAACCUCUAUUUUUUACUUUUAGAAUAUCAAUAAUCUACCAUUCUUCUACUAUAGUACUACGGCACAAUGCUAUAUGUCCUGGACCAAUUUGUUAUAAUUUGAGUUCUCUAGUUUUCCAUAAAUUUGCUUUUAUAAGAAAAUAUGUUGUAUAUUUUGUUUCUUCGUUUUUUACUAGAAGGACUUUUGUUGCUUCCAUACUGAUAUGCUCUAAGUUUACUCCAAACAUUUUGAUUAUACAUAAAUAGCCAAAAGA